AUGGCGAGUUACUCGACCUGCUUCUCCGUGGGCCCCUUGUGCCCAGUUGAAGCAACCACAUAUGGCUAUUACCCCAGCUUCGGUGGGAAUGUCUUCUUCACAGUGUUUUUCGGCGUUCUCGGCCUGUGUCAGGCCGGUCUGGGUAUCUAUUACCGGACAUGGACAUUUUUGACAGCUCUCUUCAUCGGCACCAUCAUGGAAAUGGCAGGAUAUAUUGGCCGAGUCUUGAUGAACGACAAUCCAUGGUCUGGUCCCGCCUUCAAGCUCCAGAUCGUGUGUCUGGUGCUCGCGCCCACCUUUGUCGCAGCCGGUAUUUACCUGACACUGAAGCACAUCAUCCUCAACCUGGGGCCACAACAUUCAAUUCUGAAGCCGCGCCUUUUCACCUGGAUCUUCAUUGGUUGUGAUAUUGGAUCUCUCAUCCUGCAGGCCGCCGGAGGUGGUGUCGCUGCAGCCGCUGGUAACAAUGAUGUGGCCAUGUUGAAGGCUGGUGACAAUAUUAUCAUUGCUGGUAUCGCUUUCCAGGUCGGAACAAUGGUCGUGUGUGGUGUUUUCGCGGUCAUCUUCUUCUGGAGGGUGUUCAAGCAUGGUGAUGGUCUGGCAGGAGAGAAGAAUCUGGAUACUGGUAUUUCAGCUAUCACCCCCAAGUGGAUGCCAUACAUUAUUGGUGCCGAGGUCUUUGCCUACUUCACCGUCCUGAUUCGGUGUAUCUACCGUAUCCCGGAGAUGGCUGGCGGCUGGGGAAAUCCCCUCAUGCAGAAGGAGGACGAGUUCCUGGUCUUGGACGGAAUGAUGAUUGCUUUCGCCUGCUUAGCUUUCACCAUCUGCCACCCUGGUGUCUUUCUCCCAUCCAUGCGCACCGGACACAAGAAUCGUGCAUAA